AUGGAUUUAGAUGUGCAGGAUGUGAACCGCUCCAACACUUUGUCCAGGAACGAGAGCGACGACGCACUGCGCGCGUCCUCAGCCGGAGUGUCCACUGCGCUGGCCAGCGUGCUGAUCUUCACCAUCGUGGUUGACAUUAUGGGUAACGUGCUCGUCAUCCUGUCCGUGUACAGGAACAAAAAGCUCAGGAAUGCAGGCAACAUUUUUGUGGUGAGUUUGUCCGUAGCAGACCUGGUGGUGGCGUUGUACCCCUACCCUCUGGUGCUGACCGCCAUCUUUCACAAUGACUGGAUCAUGGGUGACCUGCACUGCCAAGCCAGCGGCUUCAUCAUGGGCCUCAGCGUCAUUGGCUCUAUCUUCAACAUUACCGCCAUUGCCAUUAACCGCUACUGCUACAUUUGCCAUAGCCUGCACUAUGACCGCCUGUACAGCCUGAGGAACACCUGCUGCUACCUAGGCCUCACCUGGCUGCUCACUGCCAUUGCCACAGUGCCAAACUUCUUUGUGGGAUCGCUGCAGUAUGACCCUCGCAUCUACUCCUGUACUUUUGCUCAGACAGUCAGCCCAUACUACACCAUCUCAGUGGUGAUCAUUCACUUCCUGAUCCCCCUGCUGGUGGUGUCCUACUGCUACAUGAGGAUAUGGGUCCUGGUGAUUCAGGUGAAACAUCGGGUCAAACCUGAGCAAAGGACCAAACUAAAACCGAGCGAUGUUCGGAACUUCCUGACUAUGUUCAUGGUGUUUGUGUUGUUCGCUGUAUGCUGGGCGCCACUGAACCUUAUAGGCCUUGCUGUUGCUAUCAACCCUGUGGCAUUUGCUCCAAAUAUACCGGAGUGGCUCUUUGUUACAAGCUACUUUAUGGCUUAUUUCAAUAGUUGCCUCAAUGCUGUUAUAUAUGGACUGCUUAACCAAAACUUUCGCAAAGAGUACAAGACUAUCCUCCUUGCUCUGUGCAUACGUCGUCUGUUCCUCCUGGAGACCUCCAGGUGUGCCACAGAAGGCUUGAAGAGUAAGCCUUCACCAGCUGUUACAAACAAUAUUGUUGCUGAACUCGAUGUUUAAAAUGAUGCUUGUUUGUUUUUCUUUCUCAGGCUCUUCUGCCAUAUUUGUGUGCCAUAUUUCAACCAGUGCCUUUUUGCAGAAAAUAUGACGUGUAGUGUUAUGAUCAUGUUUGAUGAAGAUAG